AUGGUGCUUGUGGAACAAUUAUGUAUCCAUCGGUGUCAACCCAAUGGAUCGGUUCAGAUGCUCUGGAUGUAUCAUCCUCCUGUUCUUGGAAGCCAGAGAAAUGAGCAUACUAAUUCUGUUGAAGUAAACAAAGACAAGGAGCUGGAACCACUUAAAAAUCAAAUCGCUCUUUUCCAUGGAAUGUAUGGUUUCUCUUCUGAUACAAGAGAUAUCCUUGAUGAACAGAACAAUGAAACUUCUCUAGAGCAUUCAAAUGGGAAUAAAAGUUAUGUAUACAAUCUCUUUGAACAAUUCAAGUGUAUAUCAGCAGAGACGACCCUGGCGCGGAAGCUAUUAAUUAAAAAGCCAUCUUCAGAUUGGGUCCCUUCUUCAAGAAGGCGAAAUGGAAAAUUUGACAUGAUACCAGAGGAACCUCCUUCUAUCUUUUUAGCUGUGACGAAACCUUGUCCUUCAGCUGCUACUCUCAUUUUAGCGGUCACAGCACUUUGGAGCCAAUAUCAAUUGUUUUAUGGUGAUGAAUGGGUCAGUCAGAUGAAUAGUUCAGAUGUUUAUGAAGCUUUUGAUAGAUGGUGGACCGCUAAACUGUCUCCUUUAGAGUGUGGUGGAUCCAUUCUACGCGCCAUGGAUGUGAUAGCAGUUGGUAGGCCGCUUGAAAGUGAGCAGGUCGCCCUUUUAAAUGAGUUAUAUUUAGAGAAAAAGGACUUUGUGGGCUCUUUAUUGCUGUAUAUCCCGUCAGCGUUUCAACCGCACAUAGUUUACGAGCAAGGACGGCGUUUACAGCUGAAAGUCCGCAAUACCUUUAUCAUGUACUGUAUGAAUGAAUGUCAAAAUCUUCUGGAAGGAGAAGAGUAUUCGCAUUUUUUUGGUUUUCUUUCGUCCUCAGAUUUACACUCCGCUGGAUCCGAAAAUCAUGAUGAAGAUACACAUUGGGAAUUAAGUGUUAAUUGCGUUUUCAGAAAGCGACAAAAGCGGAUACUCAUAAUUCGAUGGAGUCGAGCUAAUAGAAAUUAUUGUGAGCAGAAAAACAAUGAAGAUUUCAUGGUAAAAAAUGCGACGGUUGAUGAUGAUAAUGAACUACAAAAACGACUAUGGGAACAAAUUUACGAAACGCAAACAAAGCAUGACCAUGACCAUGAUCAACAUGGCGGAGGAUUCAAAAUAAAAGAUAAAAAAGGCAAUCUAACUGAUGAUUUUUGGUAUAUAAUCAUUCACAGUUCUACCGGUCUAGCACAUGUUCACACCGACUUUCCAAUACAGGACGCGCAACAUAUUUGGGUACAUAUUGAUGAUAUUCUAGGCAAUCAAAAUCCCAAUGCUAGUCGAAUGACACAUAGCAAUCGGGGAUAUUGGAUUGCGCUGCGGCAUCAAACGUUGAGGCGUCCUGUGAAGGCUUUGGAAACAGAUAGAAUUGGACAAACUGAUGACAAAAGUGAGAAUGAAGAUUCCAGUCUUCAAGUGUCUGCUGAGUCUUUAAUAAAUCAAACAGCAGCAGGCGAUACCUGGCAAGGCGAGAAGCUUACAUAUUUGUUAAUAAGUAAGGCAAAACGCUGGAGCAGUCUAAAUGAGACAACGGGAAAAGUACUACGAUUUAUAGACGAAUUCUCAAGUUAUAUACUACGUGACAUGGAAACUCGCUAG